UUCAACCAAACUGGAGGGAGUUGUGGUCCGCAGCUAGCAAGCUAACAGCGAAGUGGUUACCAGUCUGCGCUCAGAUACAGGUUAAAAUGGAUCUGGAUGAUGACACCACUGUCCUCACUACUCUCAAAUCCUUCAACUCCUUCAUCAGCCGCCCUGAACCAGCAAGUCGUCGGUUGGAGACUCCCAGGACGGGAAACCUGCAGGCUCAGUACAAGCAUAGUAUGGAAUUGCUGGAGGCAGCAGAGAAGGUGCAUUCAAAAAAUCGCUUCCUUCAGUUGGACCAGGAGAAGAAGCAGAUGGAACUGAGUCACAAGCGAGCACGAUUCGAACUGGAAAAAGCGGCAUCCGAUAAUGCAAGGGACCUGGAGCACGAGGUGAACAGGAACGAGGAGCUUCUGGGUCGUAUCAAGAAGCUGGAAGAACGGGAGACGGAUGCUGCAAAAAAAAUACUAGAGCAUGUGGAGGAAAACCACACUCUGUAUAAGAAGCUAGAGGGCGUGAAUAAGAAAUUGGAAGAGCGAGAGAUGAAAUUCAAUUCUGCCAAUCAGUCUAUCAGCUGCCUGAGGGAUGAGAUCAGAGAGCUGAAGCAGAAAAUUCAGAACCAAGAUUCCCUCAUUUCCAAUCAAAACCUUGUGAAGCAAGAGCUGCAGGAGGAGCUGGACUUGCAGCACAGGAAGCACCAGGAGGUGACUCAGCUUUGUCAGAGUCUUCAAGCUUCUCAGUCGACCUGUUCUAAUCACGUCCUGAAAAUCAAGGAGUUGGAGAGACGUCUUGCCCUCCAGGAGGAGGAUGUGUUAAUUGUAAAGACAGUCCAGGCUGAAGUCGCUAGAGUUCCAGACCUGGAAAAAGAGUUGAAGCGCCUCCGUGAGGAUAAUGCCUUUCUCAGGCAGAGCAGAGAGAACUGCAGCCUGCUGAAGGAGGAGGUGGAAGGGCUGAGGAGGAAGCUGGAGAGGAUGGAAAAAACUAAAGUGGAGCUGGUCAAUGCAGAAUUGGAGAAAGAGAGGUUGGCGGAGAAGCUGCAGGCCUGGGAGAACCUUGGACCAUCAUCAGGACUCAACAUAAGGAAACCCGAGGAUUUGUCCAGGGAGGUGAUUCAGAUCCAGCAGCGAGAAAUUACUCUGAAGGAGCAGAAUUACUCACUGAACAGCCGCAUAAGGAAUCUCGAGCGUGUCCAGUCUGAGCUCCAAGCAGAGCUGAGUCAGCACCAUGGGAAGACCCUGGAGGAGCAGAAGAAAAAGGAGACGCAGGAUCUACAUUUCCGAAGACUCCAGAAGAGAUUGCUCUUACUUACAAAGGAGCGUGAUGGAAUGCGAGGGAUUCUGGAGUCUUAUGACAGCGAGCUGGCGCCCACCGAAUACACCCCUCAACUCAGUAAGCGUCUUAAAGAGGCAGAGGAGAUGCUGGUUAAGACUCAGAGCCACAACAGCGAGCUGGAGGCACAACUUACCCAGGUACAAGAAGAAGUGGGGUCCCUUAAGGUGCAGCUGCAAACUAGGGAGAUGGAACUGGUGACUUUAAGGAAACAGCAGCCUUCAACUCUGGACAAGAACAAUGCAUUUACCAAGGAGGAGUUUGACAUACUGAGGCAGAAAAUUGAAGAUUUGGAGGCUGAGCGGCAGCGUUUGGAGGAGCAGAACAACAUUCUCGAGCUGAGACUGGAAAGAAACAACCUACAGGGUGACUACGAUCCAGUCAAGACCAGAGUCUUACAUUUCAAAAUGAAUCCAACCACAGUCGCCAAGCAGCAACGGCAGCAAGAUGUUGAAUCCCUCCAUGAGGAAGUGACACGUCUGAGGGAAGUGUUGCGCUCUCUGCAGGAGGGUGGAGUUCUGGCCCAAUCCCAACUUGAUGGCGGGCUUUCCUCUAGUACAAUCCUCAAUUUGCCACCAUCAAAGGAGGUGCUGGAUCUACGUAAGCAAAUGGAAAGCGCUGAGCUGAAGAACCAGCGACUGAAGGAGGUGUUCCAAAAGAAAAUUCAGGAGUUCCGCACAGUCUGCUACGUGCUGACAGGAUAUCAGAUGGAUAUCACCACUGAGAACCAGUAUCGACUCUCUUCAGUCUACGCCGAGAACAUGGAGGAUUGCCUCCUCUUCAGAAAGGGUCCCAAUGGAAGCAUGCUGCUGAUGGAGACAGAGUUUUCCAAAACUCUUGGAGAAAUGGUGGCGCUUCACCUCCAUCAUCAGAAGAGCAUCCCAGCGUUCCUCUCCGCUGUAACCCUUGAUCUCUUCAGUCGACAAACCGCCAUGUGAAGUAACGUGACACGCUCUGAGACACCGAGUUCUCUCUUCACUGGUGGCAAUUAUGUACAUUUGGAUCGGCGCCGCAGAAGCAGCGUUUCCAUGAGAACAUACUGCUAAUCUGAGAGAAGUUGCCCCCUGAUGAGUAUCUUAAGUUGCUCCUUAUGGAACCUUAAUUCUCUUCCAGUUACUUAGAAAAACAUUGUCAGAGUGCUGGUGGAAGCACUUGAAUUCAAGCGUCUAUGUUCUCACUCAUGAUUGAUAAAUCGUUUUCUUUUUGAGGACAUUAAAUCCAUUGAAGAACUUGAUCUUUUGGUUUUAACUUUAAACUUGUUUCAUUCUUCAGAACUCUGACUGCAUGGUAAUCGUUCUUUGUUUGUCCAAAUAAACAUUUCACUUUUAUUUUUUUUUUCAACUUUUUUUUUCUGUUUUUCCCCGUUCUAUCAGAUGGUGGAGUUUUAAAUGUGCAUUCUAGAUUUCUGGAAUGUUAGUGCUUACCAAACUGAUGUUUGUCUGAUCACAGGGGCAGCUUUACCAAGUGCUGAGGAGCACAACUCCUGGUCCAGACCUCGAAUUGAAAUCUAGUUGAAACAGCACUUUGCAUUUUAAUCGGAGUUCAGUGUUUGGAAGAGAUGUGAGCGUGCAGAUUGCCUCAUCACACUCAGGUAGUUGUCUCUGUUUCUGAGUUUAUUUUAAAUAGAUAAUAAUUGAAUAAACACAGCAUU